UCGACUCUACAAGCUCAGAGCCUUUAAUCGAACUAUCGUAAACAGACAGAAACAUCGCUGCAUAAUUAUAACAUCGACAGUUUUAUUAAUAGUACUCUGUAGAAUUUAACGUAGGUACAUGUACAUGUAUGUGUAUUUAAUUGAGCUCUCGGGUCAAAGUUCGACAGUUCAGUUCGUAUAACGAUUCCGUAAGUCGAACGUCAAUAAUAGCACAUAAGACAAUGGCAAUGCAGUGCUUCAGAGUGCUCGCGAAUAAUGUGUCGAGAGGUACAUGCACCGUCAGCAAUGUCAGCCGACACAUCACCUCGCUCUCUAUGCUGCCAGAGACACAUCAGAUGCUGCACAAAACGUGCAGGGACUUUGCUGAGCAGGAAUUGAAGCCUAUCGCAGCAGAGACAGAUAAGAAGCAUCUGUUUCCAAAGGAGCAAAUCAAGAAGAUGGGUGAACUGGGUCUCAUGGGUCUGUGCGUCCCUGAAGCACUGGGUGGAACAGGAUUGGAUUAUCUGGCUUAUGCCGUAGCCAUGGAGGAGAUUUCGAGAGGUUGCGCGAGCGCUGGAGUCAUAAUGAGCGUGAAUAAUUCCCUCUACUUAGGGCCUAUAGACGCGUUCGGGACCGACAAGCAGAAGGAAAAGUACAUCGUUCCCUUCACAAGUGGCGAGAAGGUCGGCUGCUUUGCUCUCAGCGAACCAGGUAAUGGGUCUGACGCCGGUGCGGCGUCCACCACCGCUAAGCUAAAUGGUAGCGUUUACACUAUUAACGGCACCAAAUCAUGGAUAACGAAUGGAUUUGAGGCCAGUGCAAUAGUUCUCUUCGCUACGACUGACAAAUCCAAGAAGCACAAAGGUAUAAGCGCGAUUCUAGUAGACAGUCCGACGGCGGGCUUGAGUCUAGGUAAGAAAGAAGAUAAAUUGGGUAUACGGGGCAGUAGCACUUGCUCCUUGAUCUUCGAGGACUGUCAAAUGCCACAAGACAACACCCUGGGCAAACCAGGAAUGGGCUUUAAGAUCGCGAUGAUGACUCUAGACGCUGGCAGAAUAGGAAUUGCCGGGCAAGCGUUGGGUAUAGCUCAAGCAUCUUUGGACUGCGCGAUGGAUUAUGCAAAUAAACGUCAAGCCUUCGGCCAGUCAAUUAUCAAGCUGCAGACGAUCCAACAAAAAAUCGCUGACAUGGCUCUAAAACUAGAAAGCUCGAGACUGCUGACGUGGCGAGCGGCACAGCUUAAGGAUAGCGGUAAACCGUACACGAAGGAAGCCGCUAUGGCCAAAUUGUCGGCAUCGGAGACUGCCACGUUCUGCGCUCAUCAGUGCAUACAGAUUCUGGGAGGAAUGGGAUACGUGUCGGACAUGCCGGCGGAACGUCAUUACAGGGACGCGCGUAUCACGGAGAUCUACGAAGGCACGUCGGAGAUCCAGAAACUCGUGAUCGCCGCGAAUCUCGUCAAAGAGUACGGUCUCAACUGAGAUCGCUCGACUCACGCACGUAAGAUAAUGUUCAGUAUCUUUCUUUUAUACUCAAAGAGAGAGCAAAAUAUAUUUUGUACGUAUUGCAACUAUUUUAAAUUUUGUAUAUAUAUAUAUAUAAUUAUAUUUUUAUAUAUAAGAGAAAUCGAAAUAAAUUUCAUACGCUAUG